CACAGAGAGAGAGACAGAGAGAGAGAGAGCAGCAAAGUUCAUGCAAGUGGAGAAUAACGACAGAAUACAGUGGAGUUAUGGUGGUGAAUUGAAGAGAUCAUUUCCAGGUUUGGCGGUUUCAUGCGAGCUGAAGCCAAAUUCCCAGUCUUAAGAGGAUUUUUUCUUUGGGAUCCAGUAUGAACACCACUACCGCCGUCUCUUCGCCUCCUCCCAGCGAUGUCUCGGCUCGCAUUGGCAUCGCCAUCCUGGCCCUGGCCUUCCUGCUGGGCUUCCCUGGUAACAUGUUUGUCGUUUGGUCGGUGCUCUGCCGGGUGAAGAAGCGCUCGGUGACGUGCUUGUUGGUGCUGAACCUGGCCUUGGCCGACGGCUUCGUGCUCCUCAGCGCCCCGCUGUUCAUUCGGUUCCUGGCGGCAGGACUGCACUGGGAGUUUGGCUCGGCGGCGUGCAAGCUGGUGCAUUACCUGUCGAGCGUGAACAUGUACGUGUCCAUCUACCUGAUCUGUCUCAUGAGCAUGGACCGCUGGGUGGCCGUCACGAGGCCCUUUGUGUCUCAGAGAAUGAGGACCAAGCUCCUUCUGGUCCUCCUGUUUGGGGUCUGGGUGUUGGCUUUCCUCCUGUCUCUGCCAAUGCCGUUCUAUCGCAGUAUUAUAAAGAAACCUAUAGGGAACAGGAGCUUGAACAUUUGCAUGGCAUACCACUGGGGGAGCAUGGGUCACCCGGUCUUCCAGUACCUGUUUGAGACCAUCAUGGGCUGCUUGGUUCCCUUCUCACUCAGCACCUGCUACUCCUCCGUCAUAUGCAGACUGCAAAGUGCCAAGUUCCAGCGCAGAGGACAAGGCAGUCGUCUCAUCUGCUGAUCAUUGUCACCUUGCCAUUUCUGGCUUCCCUAUCACAUCGUCAACAUCAUUGAGGUGGCUUGUUUGCUGAAGAACGACAAGCCGGGGAUACGCUGCACUCCCAGCGCUCGGCCCAACGUCACAGCCUUCGCCUACUUCAGCAGCGCGGUGAACCCCAUCCUCUACGUGUUCGCCGGCAGCUCCCACAUCCGCCAGGCCGGCCUCAGCUUCAUGGGCCGGCUCUUCGAGGCCACCUACUCGGAGAGCAGGACCACGUCCACCGUCACGCGCAGCGGCCGCAGCGGCUCUUCGCCGGACGAGAGCUCCGUCCUGUACACGCUGUCGACCAAAAUCGGGAAGCCCUUCAAAGGAAAGGGCAAGGAGAGAAGCAGCAGCGUGGCGGGAAAGGAAGCUGACGAACCAGAGCUCAAAACUCUUGCCAUGGUCGAACAGUUAGAAUAGCACUGGA